AUGUCAAAAGAAGUAAAAGCAGAUUUUUUAGCAAUUCAAGGGCUUCUCAAAAGCAAAUCGAAGCCAGUCAUUGAGCAUACUACUUUGAGCCGAGACAGAUAUAAUGGAUGCCGAUCUACAAGCACUGGCAUCUCCUCUUCAAAUCAAGACUUAUUUUUUCAAGCCAAGCUCGAGAGAGAUUCAUUUAACAAGUCAGCAACUCUGAGCUUUCGAGAACAAAAUCUCAAGCGAAAACCUGUAAAACUCGAAAAAAUGCAAAAUUCUCAAAACAACCAUUCCAGCCCAUCUCCUGAUUUCACAGCUCACAGCUUUUUAUUGCAACCAAAAACAGUUGACCCAGGAGAUCUCUACAAAAUUAAUAUGAGAAAAAGCUCUAUUGAUCAGUUAAUUGACCUAAAUCCUGCUGAUGAAAUAAUUGCAAAAGAAGAAGCCUUAAACUUAAACUUAAAGAUAGGCGUCUGCCAUAUUGGUUACGCAGUCACCAAGGACUCUCCCGUACGGGCAGUUCAUCCGCUUUGCGCCGUCUUCAGCUUCGCCUUGCUCGAAUUGGGGCAAUGAUUUGCUGGGCAAGUGGGCAGCUCUGACACCACCUUUCUUCUCCUUCAGCGCCUGAUGCCAUGGCACUUCUGAAGUGAGACUCUGCUUGGACGUCUCCUCCUCCCUUUCGGUCCAGUGUUGAGUGGGCGGACUAUGGACUUCUGCGGCUGCUGCAUGUGUAACAAGGUUGGCAUCCAAAAAUCCCAAAAAAUGGAAUUUCUGUUCGACCUUUCGGCAAAAAGGAAAAUCUGAAUCCCGGGACGUAACGCCCGGUUUCACGCUAGGCAGUUGCCCGAUUGGUCUGGGGAUUACCUGCAGACUUUGCUGGGCUUGCCCUUUCCAAAUCCAAACCCUCCUUUCCCUUGAGGUAAAAACCUAAUCUUGAAAAUAGACUAAGGGCUAGGCUCUGUGCAUUACCAGAAUUGCUUACCUAGCAUUGCCGUCCAUUUCUGGAUUAGUAAAACCUUGCCGGAUAUAAAUAAAAUAUAAGUCGAGUAUGCAUGGCCGGGAGGCCAUGCCCAGACGAAGACGCCAUAUUUUAUUUAUGCAAAAGAAGAAGCCAAAAAAGCGAAUUUUUGAAAAAUUGCCAAAAAUUUGACAAAAUCAAAAAACUUCUUUCAAACCAAGAUUUAAGGUAUUUUGAAGACUUUAUUGCAGGAUUAGAAGCUUCUGGGAAAAUAUUUUGUGAAUGUGAGUGACUUAAUGGAAAAGGAAGGGUUGAAGCUGUUAAUACAGUUUCUCAUCUUGUCGCUUUGGUGCUUAAAGCAGUUUCAGAUCUAAUUGAAAAGAAAAAUAAAGAUAAAACAAUGAUAGAAACUUUGAAAAGUGAAAAUGAAGUCUUGGCAAGUGAAAACAAUCGAAUGAAAGACUUACAAAACAAACUGGAAUAUACAAGCUCUAAAUUGCAGAAACUCGAAAGCUCAAGGCAUGAAUUUUCCAAUUCUAUCGGUCAAACCCAAAGACUUGCUGAAAUUGAAAAAGAAAAAUUAGUAGAAAAAAACAGCAUUUUAGAAAAAUAUAUAGGUGAGCUCAAGGACGUCACAAAAAUUGACUCGCUGAAUUCAGAACUAGAAAAAUAUAAAGAAAAUUAUCAAAAAAUGAUAAAAGAAUAUCAAGCUUUUAAAAGAGAUAAAGAGUCAAAAUUGUAUCGAAUGCAAUUAGAAAUAGGAGAGCUAAGAAGUAGCUUACAAAAGAACUCAUCUUCAAUAGAAACCUAUGACACCCAAAAAAAAGUUCUAGAGGAAAGAGCCUAUGUAGUUGAAUUAAAAAAUAGAAGCUUAAUGGAAAAAUUAUCAGAAUAUACUGAUAAAUGCUGAAUUAUAACCCAUAAAAAUGUAUUUAAAUUAAUAAUUUUAAAAAAAUAAAAAGGUAUAUAGAGAAAGAGUAGCAAUGCUAUAUGAAGACUGCCUAAGAUUUGUUGUGUAUAGAGAUCUCUAUACAAAACUAGAAGAACAAUUCAAUACAAUGAGACUAAAAUACAACCAGCUUGAGCUCAAUAUUAUAGCUGGAAACGUUACUUUAGCCACAGAUGGCGUCAUUUGGGUUUCACUUGAAGACCCCUUAUUCGACCCAGUCCGUGGAUUUCUAGCCAAAGGUGUAGAUCCAAAAGUAUUCGAGCCUCCAGCUCCCAGAAAAGAUAAACGCACAAAUACAGAAGUUCCAGUCUAUGCCCACACAAGGCAUGCAAGAACUGUCACUUAUUCAGAAACCCAGCUUGACCCAUCAUUUGUAAAUUUAAGCAAGCUAAAGCUGCAGAAGCCUGGCUAUGCCAGUUUAUUUGAAAUUGGGGACAAGGCUGCAAGCUUUGAGCUGCCAUUUACUAAUUGGCUGGAAAUUACUAUGAGGGGAAUUUAUGAUUCUAAAUACAAUGAGCAUAUCUUUUGUUCUUUUGAAUCAGGGAGAACUCCUUCUAAAUUCCCUGAAUUUGUAUAUUGCUGGAUCGGCCGAUUUACUAUUGAUCCUGGCGCUCGACAAGUCCGAGAGCUUGAAUGGUGGAAACGAGAAUCCUCUGAUAAGCUUCGUUUAGAGCUUUUAUUAGCGCUUAAGCACGAAAAAGCUAAAAAAGUGUGGGAAAUUCACACCUUUGUCGAGUUUUUAAAUGAAGAUUUGAUGCUUGAUGAACUAGCGUUUUUCCUGCACUGCAGAUUUCUUUUAUUUAAAGGACCACAACUUAUGAUCACAUCUGGGAGGUUUUCUGCUUUACAUUUUGUAGCUUUAGACCAUGUUUUCGAAAUAAUUGAUAGAGUUAUGGAAAAAAUCAGCCCAAAGGACCGCUCUGAGCUUAAGUCUCAGCUGCAGUCCAAAGCCCGCAACAAAAACGGCUCUUUGACUCUUGAUGCCGGUCUCGUAAUUGUUAUAAUGUAUUGACAAUAUAUUUUAUUUUGCUUAUUUAUGGUAAAUUGAUUUUAAAAUGUCAAAAAAAUUUUGACAUGCCAUUAUAUAUAAAACUGAGUCUAUGGUAUGUUAAAAUUUUUUUGGCAUUUUAAAAUCAAUUUACCAUAAAUAAGCAAAAUGAAAUUUAUGCAAGGGAUUAUAUCUAGGCUCUACGAAUUAUGCUUGAAUACUACAUUCGUGAGAAAAAAUGCAAAUAUCUGGUAAUAAAAGGACUUUUUAAUCUAGCCCCAAAAAAGCCAGAUGGAGGUUUGGCGUUUCAAACUUUUAGGAUUAUCUGUUUAAACCUGGAUCCUGAAGCAAGUGAAUCUUUGAUAGUAAAAAUGUAUAGAGACCUCUGGGCGUUUGGCAAUGGCCAAAUAAAUCAUGAUAAUUUUUUUGUUUAUGCCAAUGAAAAUGGAUUUUUUUUCCAUAGCUUAAGACUUAAAGGAAAUGAAGAUCCUUUACCACUGACCCCAUAUAAUGAAAUUGAUGAAAAAGCUUCAGAUUAUGCUAAAAGAAUGCGGGAGACUUUUAAUACUUAUGCACAUUUAAAGCAGCCGACUGCGUUAAUUAGGGAAGCUUUAAGGUCACUUGGGGUUAUUGAUUUAUUAGAUAAUUUUGUAAAAUUAGAAGAGCUGGUUAAAAAUAAGUACCAAGAGCCUUUGGAAAACUAUAGAGGAAUGAAUUUGUUGGAUACUUAUAAGCAUCUUUGGAAUCUUGCAAUUCAGCUGCAAAUCAUUUUUGAGCAGGUUUAUUCCUUCAGCCCUGCAAUGCAAGGCAGUGAAGAAAUCAAAGAUUUGGAAAUAAUUUCGCUUCCGAGGGCUUGUGAAGGGUUUAUUGAGAAGCUGCAUAAGAUUACCUUGCAAAAAUUGACUACAAUUGUAGCUAUAAGAAAAAUACAAAGAAAUUGGAAGGAUAAGGCGAGGAAGAGUUUGAGCAUUGCGGCAACUGUGUUUAAAGGAAUAGCCCUACUAAAGAGAGGGCUAAAGCAUCAUAAGAAUCAAAGCUCGACUCAUAGCCAAAAUUCAACUUACCCCCUCCUUGAGUUAAGAAAUUUUAAAAUCCUUUUGGAAAAAUUAAACAUAUUUGCGAUAGAACAUAAAAAUUUAUAUAAAUUUAUUGAUAUAGAUGUGACCAUUAUUAAAAUGAAAAUUUCUAUUAAUUUUUUAACUUGUCUUCUAUUAUAAUAAAUUUUAUAAAUAAAAUUAAUUUUAAUGUUAAUAAUAUAAAGCUAAAAAAAUUAAUUUUGCAUGCUCAUAGAGAAUAAGAUUUAG